AUGGCCGAGGCUUCGUCAUCUACGCCCAAGCUGCCAGGCGUGCAGGAAAAGAGAAAUAAGCCGCAGGCGCUGGCCUUCUGGCAGAGCCGUACGCGCAAGGACAGCAGCUCCUCGAUGCCACCGACGGACGCCGGAAGGCCCGCGGUCGUUUCGCGAGGCAGAGGCUCCACUGCAUCGUCGCUCAGCAGGAUCUCGGCGGCCAUCAAACAGGGUGCCUCCUCUUCAUCGUCGUCGCUGGCAAAGAGGGACCCCAGCGCGUCCUCUUCGACCAGCAAGCGGGCGACCUCGGCGAAACGGGACGGAUCUGUGUCCUCUUCGGUCAGGGAACGAGCGGGCUCGACAAGCACGACGGCAACUUCUGGCUCCGCUCCUGUCCUCAUCGAUGACGAAGAUGAACACGCCGCGGACGGGUCACAGGACUCGGCAGCUGCAAGGCUGAGAAGACGAGGCAGAGGGCCAAAGAUUGUAGGGCUCGAUGAGGAGGUGGAGCAGAGAGAGCGGCGGAGCUUGGAAGACAAGCAGAAAGCAAUACAUGCGCAAGAAGUCGGAGACGGCGAGGACCAGCACAGAAGUCAAGGCGAAGGUCGAGGCAAUCGCGACACGACAAUGAGCGAUUUCCCCUCGAGGCUUGGGCUGCCCCUAGGACACGACUCGCUCUACCCAGACCUGGCCAGCAGCAGUGGCGCAUCGAGCUCGAGCAAGCGGUCGAGCAGGACAUCAGACAUGCUCUCCAAGUCGUCCUCGUCACGCGGCAACUCGCCUUGGAACCAGCAGGCAGAGUGGACCGCGGGUGACUCUUCGACCUCGGGGCAAAGUACCGGACCAGAGGCUGACGGUGCGGCGACGACACACAAUAGCCAUCAAGGAUAUGUGCAGACGCUUCAAGGCCUGGCUGACAACGAGGUGCUCUCUGGCCUGGGCAUAAGCGACAUGAGCUCUAUGGGCAUAGAAACGGACGCUGGGCAGCCGAGCAGCCGACAACCGCAGCUGCGUCGGCGCGCCAAGAGCCUGUCGAAGCCGCGACUUCCGCCAGCACACCAUGACGAUGGUAGCGAUGGAGCGGCAAGGUUGGAAGCUAGGUCCGGUCAAGACGAAGGUCUGUCAAAGGAUCACGCUCGUUCACGGCGUCGCCGCAAGUUGUUGCGAAAUCAGAUGAAGAAGAGACAAGCAAGGCGCAGGGGCAACACCAUCAGCACCAGCCGCGCCGAGGCCGAAGUUGGCUCGCUGGCCUGGGGAAGCGAUGGUGAGAAUGACGGCGAAGAGGAUGAGAAAAGCGGUGAGGACGGCAUCGACGGCUGGGGAAGCGACGAGCUGGAUGGGAUGAAUGUGGGCGCUUCAAGCAGUGCCAAAGUCUCGGACCGAUCCUCCAUGACGACGGCGAGGGAGGGCGCAUCGAGCAGGCAAUCCCUCGGUGCUCAAUCGGCGUCCUCGACCGGUCGGCGAGCAUCGAUGGACUUGGCCACGUAUGGAUCACCCCCCGAGAGCAUGCGGUCUUUUUCCGCCCUGAGCCACGAUGGAUCAGAGGCGUUUUACGACGCAGGCGCGGGCAGCUCACCCGAGUCUCAUGCAGUCCCCGACACUGUCGCCAGCAGUCAGGGAAGAAAUCGCAACAGCAGACAUUCGUCGUCGAUCGACGGCUCCAGCUGGCUUCACCUUGUUCCUCGACAGUCUGCUACGGCAUCAUCUGCCACGCUUCGACAAGAUGCAAUCGAUCGGGAGCGCCGAUUAGAGAAUAAAGAGUCUUCUGCCACUCUGUCGCCGCGCGACAGCAUCAGUGCGAGCCAGUCACCGGCGCCAGACGCAGUGAUCCGAGGCUCGGAACCCUCGACACACGCUGACGGUCUUGCCGCAGCAGGGAGCAUCAAGCGAGAAAUGGCUUCCGCGACAUCCUUGCCGCCCUUGGCAUCACCGUCAAACUCAAGCCCCCAAGAACCAGAGCUGGCUUCACCCUCUAUCGUCAAUUUCUUCGAUGGGUCAUUCGUGCCAGAUAUGUCAAGCCCGUCGACGAGCCCGAGAAUCGUCAGCCGGUCAAAGAGAACCCCUACGGUUCCACCAGCGAGACCGAUGCCUCACUCGCCACCGCCACCGCCUCCUCAGCCCAGCUCUGCUCCUCCAUUUUUGGUGAGCGGGAAAGGAGCGAGACAAAGUCGCGAGCUUAGCGACAGGGGCUUCUCGAUGGAGCGGUCAAGGAGCAGCAGAGUCGGCAAGAUGCGCGACCAUGAGAGCUCCUCGACGUCGCCGACAUCAGAAAUGGCGAGGACCGAGAGCGACAAUGCUCAUCAGCGAACCUCCUCCACGUCGGGGUCUUCAUUGGGUCCCAGUGGAACGAUUCGAGGGCGCCCUCGAGGCGCGACCGUGGGCGCGGUGCCCGGCAUCCUCGAGGGGCCCAAGUUGUCGCAACAGAUCCCGCUACCCUUGCAGCGAGCACGACCUCGGUCUAUGCUGUGCAACGAGAUGGUCCUGCCGUCGGCAUCGCCUCCGAAUGCGCUUGCAUCCGGACACGCAGCCAAUGACGACAGCAAGGACGACGACGACUUGGUUCCAGCUGAUUUUAUGAGCUCUACGGGCGAUUACAUCUCACCUGCCGAUGCCAUUUUGUCGUCGAUGAUGAGAGAGGGCGAUGAGGACGGAUUGGGAGCUUGGUCGCAGGCAAUGUACACGAGCUGGAGCGCAGACAGCUCAAGUGGAUAUCGAAGCGGCGCUCGGUCUGUGCGAAUCAACGACUCUGUCAUGACGAGCCCCAGGAGCCUGUCCAACAGCAGUAGCCGAGGCUCAGUCUUGGGGACAAGCGUGAGCAAUUUAUCGACCAGCUCGACGGGUGCCGCUUCAAUGCAGGCGCAAGUAGGAGAUACGACAUUGUCGAGCGCAGGCGCAAAUGGAGGGACAGGCAAUACCAAUGGCGGCGGCGGUGGCGGAUCGGCGGGAGCAGGAGGUAAUAACACCUCCGCCGGCUCGGGAGUGGGCUCAGGAUCGGGCGGCGGCAACCGAAGUCGAAGCGGGAGCAAUGCGAGCCUGCUGCAGCAGAUGCAAUACCCACCCAAGUCGAGUGCCUGCUUCGUCAUUGGCGUCGUUGGUCACCGGGGUGCCGGCAAAUCGACGGUGAUCAAGAAAGGGCUGCGCCAGUAUGGUCUCUUCAAGUCCAAUUCCUUUUCGGAAAAAGUCAAGUCGCACUCAACGAUGUGCGUCGUGGAUCAAGAGCAGCGGUCCAUCGAGGUCAUUGAGAUCGACGCCUCCCUCCUCCUCAACGGCCCCAACAAGCGCUUUGCAUGGCCAAAAUUCUUGCCCAGGCUCGACGCAGUGUGCCUGUGCUACGACGCUGCUCAGCUGUCUUCAUUUCGCGGCAUCUCGGAGCUCCUCGAGAACUUCUCCGUUCACAGUCUGAGCACCGUCAUGCUAGCUUGCAAGUCCGACAUUGAGCCAAAAGCAGUCGAUCCGUGGUACGCCAGCGACAUGGCCGGCGUCUACAAUGUUGGCCUAGCCGAAUGCAGCGUCAAUACGGAAGAGGGCAAGCGGAGGAUGCGCGAUUGUUUCUCGUACCUGGUCAAGGACGUCGUCAAGGUUCGCGCUCGCAAAGGCUUGGCCUUUGAUGGUUCCUUGCCCUCUUCCUCGACCUCCAGCCAGCGCAGUGGAGCUGCUUCCCUAACUUCCACUUCUACGCCGGGCGCCACUAGCGCAACCUCGACAGACGAUGUCAAGUCGACCAAGGUCUCGACAGCUGAAACCAGCCGGGUUGGUCUCGACGAGACCGAAGCACUCUCUUCCUCAUUGGCCUCAUCAAUCUCGGAUGGGGCGGCUGCCCAAUCUUCUCAGGCCGGAGCUGCCGACAGCGGCUCCCUUAGUGGUGCAGGGAGCAGCGGCCUCGGGCGAGAUGGCUUCAACGGAGGUGAACUUGGCGAACGGUCUCGAGUGAACCGGAAGCUGAGCGAUGCAACAACGGCCUCUGUCGCCUCUGUCGAUGCUCCUUCCGUUGUGGGCUCCGCCUCGGAAGACGACAAGCACAUUGUUCAACAGAGCAUCAGCCGCGCGCAAAUGGGCCUUCAGAGCGCCAAGUCGGCCGGUGGCUACGUCUCGAUUGAGGAGCUAUGGGACAAGCUCUUCUUUGCCGCCGUCUCUGGGGAGGAACACAAGUUCCUCUUCAUGUUCAUGAUCUUCUACCGAGGCUUCGCCAGGCCCAGUGAUCUGCUUAGGCAGCUCGUUUCGCGCUUUGGGAAGCUCGCAGAGGGCGAGCGACAUGAUGGCACCAUCAUUCGAUUUUCAAUGAUGAGACUAACUACGAUGCUUGCCGAUUGGAUGAGGGACUAUCCUGGAGAUCUGUCGGGACCUGAAACGUUCCCCAUGCUGAAGAGCUUCUUCGAUGACUUUCUUCCGGUCAACGAGUCGAGCCGUCAUCUGGCGGUGCAACUCGAGCCGCUCCUCGAUGUCGUCCAAUCGGCGCCGGAUCUCGAUGCGGUAUGGAGCAAGAACCAAGACAAUCACAAGCCCCAGUCGGUGGCUGCCGACGUCCCACCCGUCAAGCCGGUACCGAUGCUCGAGAGCAGCGACGCAUCGCUGGCCCACGUGGAUCGCGAUCGCAUCGUCCUGUCGGCGCCUUCCUCUGCUCCUUCCUCAGCGCAUCACGUCGACAGUGGGACUCAAGACGGUACUACCAGCAACGCCGGUAGCGAUACAAGGUCUCGGGCCUACUCGGACACAUCCUCUGCGAAGGAAGCGGCCUCAGGCGGUUUUGAUGGAAAUCUGCUGCAGGCCCGUCCUGCCGGGUUCGAGACUCGACACAGGAGCGCAUCUGACGUCACGGCGGCCUCAAGCGAGGAUCAAGGAAGCAGUACGAGCGGUGGAAUUAGCGCGAGCGCCAACACGAGCGCCAGCAACAGUCUCGUCGAUGAAUCUUCCGUUCGGGCACGGUCUGGGAGCGGCACAAACGAAAACUUCUACGAUGCGAGCGCAUCCAGCCAGGUCUCGCCUGCGGCCUCUUCCACUCGCCUAGGCUCGGUUCCCAGCGUGGGAGGAGCAGGGUCGGGCGCUGGCGCUGGCGCUGGGUCCAGCGGCUCUGCAGCGACGAACGUGGCUGGGACAGCGAGCAGCAGCACCAUGGGCAAAGCGGAUUCCACCUCCUCCAGCAUGGUUGCCUCGGCGACGCUUGGAGACCAAAAGACGAGGCUGCGUGCAGCUUCAAACGCCCUAUUUGAAGUCGACGACGAGUUGGUAGCCCAAGAGCUGACGCGCCUUGAGUGGAUCCUCUUCACGGCGAUCCGGCCCAGAGACCUGCUCCGUCACAUUCUCGUCGAUCGGCACAUGCGCGAAAAGGAGGCGCCCGUGGCGCGUAGCAUUGCCCACUUCAACUACGUCUCUUUCUGGGUCUGCUCCAUGAUUCUCGUCCAGGCCAAGCUGAAGCCGAGGGCGAGGAUGCUGGAGAAAUUCAUGAACAUCGCUGUCAUUCUGCGCCAUGAGAACAACUACAACUCCUUGCAGGCCGUCCUCGCUGGGCUUGGCAACGCGGCAGUUCACCGGCUCAAGCAUACCAGGGAGCUCCUCAAUGGGAAGCCGGUCAACAAGGCCUACCAGAGCUUGGCCAGGCUCAUGGGAAGUGAUCGCAGCUUCGCCGCCUAUCGGCUUGCGCUGCAGAAUUCCGAAGGCCAGACGAUUCCUUACCUCGGCGUCCAUCUCCAGGACAUUCUAUCGAUUUCAGACGGCAAUCCCUCAAAACGGGCCAGCGACGCCAUGGUCCAUUGGAGGAAGUUUAGCCUGAUGGACGACGCUGUGGGCGCCAUUGUCAAGUGUCAGGAGUACGACUUUCAGCCGGCUGCCUCCGGCACCUCGACGAUGGCCAGCACAAACAAGAAGGCGACGACAAAGGUUGACCGCCUCGUCGAGGACCUUCCCGUCUGGGACGAAGAGGCGCUGUACAGCCGCUCCCUGCAGGUCGAGCCCAGGCAAGGCAGCGGGCCCUCGGCUGUGGGUGCCCUUGCAAACAGCCGCAUCAUUCGAUCCUUCUUUGCAGACUAG